AUUACAUAGAGAGAAUUAAAACAUUAGUGGCAGUGCUUAAUCUGCAGUGGGUAUCCUAGUUCAUAUAUUUUUUAAAUAGUCAUUGUCUUGCAUAUGUAGAAUCUGAGGUAGUCUGAUGUAAAUGGGGUUUUUUAUAAAGUUAAUUGAAGAAUAUAUUUUCCAAGUCGGCAAUUGACAAUUUUUAUACAAAAAAGAAAAAAGAAAGAAAAAAAAAGAAACAGUUUACUUGAGAUAUAAUGCAAAUGGAUGCAUGGGUUGCCUUGAGCAUAAUUUUUUUUCUCUCUCUCUCUCUCUCUCUCUCUCUCUCUCUCUCUUUCUCUUUCUGUUUCUCUCUCUAUCUCUCAAUCUCUCAAUCUCUCUCUAUUUAGGCUGCCGUGACUUGCACGGCAAUUUCAAACUAUCAGACACUAAUAAUUUUAAUGUGGUGAUAAUAAUAUAAUAGGGAAAUUUUAUUAUUAACCAACAACAGCAGAUAUUUUAUUAUUAAUUACGAUUUUAUCGAGCAGAUUUCAGGAAAAUAUUGGAUUAUAAAAAUAACAUCUGCUAACAUAAGCAUAUCUUUGUAACUUUCAUUGUUACAUUACUUUCAGGUGCAACUUGAAAUAAACUUAAAUAAUUUCUCUAAUAAAUUGAUUUACUCCAAUAGGUUUAACUUCUCUGAUUUUAGCUGGAACCAUUAUGUUAUGUCUUUGUGUUUCAUUAGUAUUACACAUCAUAGUAAAGUAUUUAAGAUGAUGAUAACUAAUCUGUCAGAAAUUAUUUCCUAAUAAUCACAGGAUCUAUCUCUUAGCAGCUGACAUCAUACCGAUAUCUGCCGUGCACAAACGCGCAGUCUUCCAGUGGUUACCUACUAUAGAAUAAUAAACAUAUAGCAAUUCUACUAUUAACGAUAGUAUAUUUUUCAUCUUCUGUUCUGAUACUUUGGCAUUGUUGGCAAACUUUAUAAUCUUUCAAUAAUGUCAACUUCCAAUCUCAAGUCUCCAUCACCAGAGCCAAUAUACAGUAGUGAUGGUAAACGGUUAAAUACAAGAGAAUAUCGUACAAGACGUAAAUUGGAAGAAGAACGACACAAUCUAAUACAGAAGAUUCUCAAAAUAAAUCCAGAAUUUAAGCCACCGCCAGAUUACAAGCCUCCGAUAAUACGUGUCCAUGAUAAAGUAAUGAUUCCACAAGAAGAACAUCCUGACAUAAACUUUGUUGGCUUGCUUAUUGGACCACGUGGAAAUACCUUGAAAUCGAUGGAAAAGGAAACUGGCGCAAAAAUUAUUAUUCGCGGUAAAGGUUCUGUAAAAGAAGGCAAAGUAGGUAGAAAAGAUGGACAACCUUUACCUGGAGAAGAUGAACCAUUGCAUGCUUAUAUAACGGCAAAUAAUUUAGAUGCCGUAAAGAAGGCUGUUGAAAGAAUCCACGAGAUUAUAAGACAAGGUGUAGAAGUUCCUGAAGGUCAAAAUGAUUUACGACGUAAUCAAUUGAGAGAGUUAGCAUUACUUAACGGAACAUUGCGUGAAAACGAUGGUCCUCGAUGUACAAAUUGUGGAGCAUCCGAUCAUAAAUCAUGGCUUUGUCCGGACAAACCAAAUGUUACCAAUAAUAUAGUAUGUUCGAGUUGUGGAGGAGCUGGACACAUCGCACGAGAUUGUAGAUCUAAACGUCCUGGCCAAGGUGGUCCUGCAGCUGCAGGAAUGGGAGGAAUGGGACCUGGUGGAGAUAAGGCAAAGAUAGACGAAGAAUAUAUGUCUCUUAUGGCAGAAUUGGGUGAGGGCCCACCACCGGAUAGAUCAAAGUCUGGUCAAACUAGACAACCCGCACCAAAUCCAAGUUAUCCUGGACUUUUCGAUAGGCAACAGGCACCUCGCGCCCUGAUGGCUGCUCCAGCACAUCCACCACCUCAAAUGAUGCAAGGUGGACCUAUGAUGCCACCACCGGGUAUGGCUCCGCCGCCGUGGAGCCAAGGCGACGUAAAUAACAUGAACGGUAUGAACAUGCAAUGGCAACCACCAGUUAGUAUGCCACCACCACCAGGUGUCAUGCAACCACCUCCGCCACCUCCUGGAUCUACCACUCAGCCAAAUAUCCCUCCCUUGAUGCCUUGGAUGGCUGGGAACAAUCAGCCACCUCCACCAGGACAGAUGCCACCAACGCAAAUUCCACCCCCUGGAAUGGGUAUUCCACCGUGGCAACAAGGGCAGCAAGGACCGAUGCGUCCGCCCCCUCCAGGAACGGCACCACCUCCAGGAUUUCCAGGAUGGCAACCUCAACAAAUGGGUGGUUGGCCUCCGGCAGCUCCCGUUCCACCUCCACCACAGCAACAACAAACUCCUGCUCCGCCAGGAAUCGAUUUGAAUACGUUACCUACCUUAUUGGCUCAACCACCACCACCUCCGCCGCCCACUAGUUAGUGUGAAAAAUAAUUUUACCGCACGAUUAAAUGUUUUUAAUCCCUGUAGUAAGAUAAAUUAUACGAUUUUGUUACAUUGAGAGACUUGAUCAUCGAAUUAUAGGAAUAGUUAAUACAUUUGAUGUAUCGGUUUAAAUAAUUAUAAUAGAAAGUUAUGCCCUGUGCAACUUUGUUCUUUCCAAAUAGCAUUGCGCAUAACAAAGACCCAAGUUCUUAAUAUAACUGUACAAUGUAUUGUAUGGAAUACGAACAGUAUGUUAAUUUGUGCGAGGAUAUUAAUUACUCCCAUUGCUAUAAUAUAGGUAUUUAGAUUUGUUUAUCAUAUGUUUAUAAAAUCAAACAAUACAAUUAAUCUUUCUUACAAAAAAAAAAAAAGAAAAAAAGAAAAAAAAAAAAGAAAAAAAAACGGAAAAAGAAACCAAUUGUCAUAUGUUGUGCAUUUUUAUAAUGCAGAAUGUCCCUGUUAAUUUCACGAUAAAAAUAUUGCUGACAUUGCACAUAUAUGUUUGUUAUUUGGUACAAUGUCAUCAUUAUAUAGUGCUAUUCACCUGAUAACUCAGGUUUUUUGCACUGCACAUUAAUAUUAAGCUUAAUACGAAGAAUAGUAGUAAAGUACUAUUCUUAUUAGUACAAACUUGUCCAGAAUGUAUUGUUUGUGCAUAUAAUGUUACGAAAUUCCACUAAUAAACUCGUACGAAGUAUCAACAAACAAAAGGAAAAUAAUAA